GGUGUUCUUUCCUGUUUUUUCCAAGUAAGAUUGCACUUUUGCUCUUUCUCUUUCUCCACUGUCUAUUCUGUCAGGCACACACUGCAGGGCUUAAAUAAACUCUCUCACACUCAGCUUCUUCUUUCUGUUCUGACUCCAGUUUGGAAUGUAAGUAAGUACCCACCUUUUUUUAAUUUUUCUUUACCCUCAUCACUUGCUGUUAGUAAUGCUCCAUUUUUCUCACUCCUCUCCACACCACUUUCUAGUUUCAAGUUUGAAGUUUGAAGUUUCUUCCUCUUGUCAGUAACUUGUGCUGUCUCUAGGCUUUUUCAGUAGACAAAGCAGAAAAAAAAGUAUCCUACUUUCUGACACCGUCUUUAUGGCAUUAGUGUUCUAGUUAGUGCCUCCAAAUGCUUCUCUUGUAUUGGCCACACCUAAAGCCUCAAACUUUAAGCUGCCCCCAACAUCAUAUUUCCAGAACAACCAAACCACUUUAAUUUUCUGUCACUUUCUUGAGUAUAGGAUUCAUUUGGUAAUUGCAAGUGUUUGCUUCUUUCUUUGGUCUUGGGAACAAUAUUCAGCUUCUUUCCAUGAACGAAGCCCAAACUGAAAUUACCAUUCCUCACCUGUUCAGAUGCCCCAUCAGUUUGGACUUGUUCGAAGAUCCAGUAACUUUGUCCACAGGCCAAACCUAUGACAGAUCAAGCAUAGAGAAAUGGUUCUCUGCUGGAAAUCUCACAUGCCCUGUAACAAUGCAGAAGCUUCGUGAUCCAUCCAUUGUUCCCAACCACACUCUUCGCCACUUGAUCGAUCAGUGGCUCCAAUUGGGUCCCCAAUUUGGUAACUCUGCUACUAUUGAUUAUUUAGCCGCACUGAAGCACACCCUUGAAUCCCCCCAAUUGGAAAACAAGCUCCAAGCACUUGAGAAAAUUACAGUUCUCUCUGAUGAGUAUUGCUCCUUCAGAAAAUCUUGUUUCCAUCAACUGAGUUUCUUGCCCCUACUUUUGGAACUUGUUUUUGGCAUCGAGUUCACAAACUGUCACAUGAAGUUCACGGAGCUAGCACUUUCUUGCAUUAUAAAGUUGUUACCUCUUGUGAGUAUGGAGCCUCUAAAUAUGAUCAAAGAUGAGUCUAAGUUGACAACGUUCCUGCUACUAUUUGAAAAGGGAACCAGCUCGGUUAAGACUAGUCUUUGUCAUCUUAUAGAUUCAACGGCAUCACCACAAACAGAAGAGGUAUGUCACAUGCUUGGACACUCUCAAAAACUAGUGCGUGAAAUUGUGGUACUUGUUCGUCAAGGUUGUGAGGUUUCUAAGGUUGCAAUUAAGGCCAUGUUAGCAUUAUGUUCCUUGCAAUCUAACCGUGACAAUUUGGUGAGGGCAGGAGCAAUUGAUGGGGUCAUAAUAUACAUUUCAGGUUGUGAAACAAGGCAGAAGAACUUGGCCCCAUUUGCGAUGGCAAUAAUAAAGAACCUUCUGGUGCUAGAGAGUGCUAAAGAGGCACUAGUGAAUCACCCUUAUGGGGUUGCAACUUUGGUGAAGAUGGUUUUCAGGGUGUGUAAUCAAGAGUGUAGUGAGAGUGCUGUUGGGAUACUUGCAAUUGUUUGCCGAGAUUUUGGUCGUGCAAGAGAUGAAGCAAUCGGUGCUGGAGUUUUGACUCAGUUGCUGUUUCUUCUCCAGAGUCAGUGUGGCCCCAAAACUAAAACAAAAGCAAGAAUGCUGCUCAAGUUGCUAAGAUCAAAGUGGAUUGAGGAACCAAAACAGCUGUAGAUUGUGAAACGUGAAUCAUAAAUGUUAAUAAUAAUAAUAAUAAUAAUAAUAAUGAUAAUCAGUAUUUCAUUGCUCUUGGAGAUCUUGUUUUCUAUAUGUGCAGUAUUUGUACCCAUAUACUUUGUAAUCUUUGAGUUUCAUCAGCAAAAUUAAAACUAA